CCUUCCAAAGAAAAUUCAUUCCAGAUUGUGGGAAGUUACUGCGUUGAAGACAAUUCGCCGGAAUUUUGUACGAUUCUUAAUUUGUUGCCGAUUAAAAAGCAAGAAGAAAUUAAUCGAUUUAUGGGAAAUAUUUGCGAGCAACAUCCUUCAAAUAAAAUGCUCAAAUUAAUGGAAAAUGGGGUUAAAAUAAAGAGGAAACCAAAUUUUAUGCGUUUUGGAAGAUCAGGUCGCCCAAAUCGCAUUACAUCAUAUUUCUUUGGACCAAUGAAUCUAAUUAAAGGUCGCCAAAUAGAUCCGAUUUUCUUGCGGUUUGGCAAAUCAGCAGAACCAAAUUUUUUACGAUUUGGUAAGCGAUCACAGGAACGAAAUUUUUUUGUUCGAUAUGGUGAUGAACUCGAUCGAGAAUCCCGUAGACCGAAUUUCUUAAGAUUCGGAAAAUGA